UGUCGUGGCACACGGGUAACGCAGUAGGAGGACGAGGGCUUUUGCCCGGAACGAAAGACGCGGCGCGGGUGGGAGAUAGAUAUAAGGGCAUCGUUUCGGAAUAACGGCUAUCAGUGAGUAUCGCGCUGUUUUCGCAUACACCGGCAACACACGAGACACGCAGCAUCGACAACAAUGCCGAAGUUUCAGAUUCUAUGCCUUUUAUGCGCAACGAUUGCAGUUAGCCACGCAGUGGUUUUAAGCGGUUACGACGGCGGUCAUGGAAUCUCAUACGCGGAUUACGAGGGUCUCGAAGGAUACUCAGGAUCUGCUGUUCAAUACGAAGGACACGCGGUUCUACCAACGGUAGCGGUUCCGGUUCACGCGGUUUCCGCCUCACCUGUUCAAGUUGCAGCGACCCUCGAUCAUGGAUCUCACGGAUACGAUCAUCAUGCUGAUCACGAACACGAUUACUACGCUCAUCCAAAAUACACUUUCAACUAUGGCGUUCACGAUCCUCACACAGGGGAUGUGAAGACUCAGCACGAAGUUCGUGAUGGUGACGUGGUUCACGGAUCUUAUAGCGUCAACGAGCCUGACGGUAGCGUCAGAAUCGUCGAAUACACUGCCGACGACCAUAAUGGCUUCAACGCAGUGGUUAAGAAAGUCGGACCAGCGAUUCACCCUAAACCAAUUCCCGUAGCAAAAUACGUUUCGCCGGCGUACUACAAUAGUUACGAGGAAUACGAAAAGCAUCAUUAUUAAUCGUACGAAUAUAUUCGAGUGAUAGAGGAAGAAACAAAAAAAAAGCAGGAACAGGGUUAGAAAGAAUUUAUUUAAGUGAGACGUGUCGACGAUUAACUCCUCGUUUUAUGGUAUCGAGUCGAAUUUGUGAUAAACUAUGGUUGAAAUAUUAAAAAACAAGGACUACUUCAGCAUCCUAUAGGAUCUAUAGUAUAGAUAAUAUGCAGAUUUCUGACAUUUCCAUUGCUACCGAUGCACAUGUUGCGUCGUUCUUUUCCGUGCAUUUCGAUCCAGCGAUCGAAGAAAUAGAGAAAAGGCGGCGAAGUGUAUCGAGAUAAAUAUUAUUGUUUGAAAUAAAGACAUUUUUUAUGAAAAAGAAGAGACGUGUAAUUCCAAAGGUGGAACAGUAUUUUUCAACACCGAGUGUGUUGAAUAAAUACGUAUAUUAUAAUACGAAAAUAAAUUAAUAAUUAAUCAAU